AGUGAUUGCAAAAGAGCACAUUUGAAUGGCGGCAAAUGGACGGUCCCAUCGUGAAGUGUUCAAAUGCUUGUUUUAAAGGUGAUAAAGAGGUCAUGAUUUUUGAAUUUGAGCCAGCACAAGUUUGAGGUACAACCACUAACAUCCACUAAACAAUGAGGCGACUGAACAUAAAAAAGGCUGUCAGCUUAGUGAAAGAACUAGACACCUUUCCUAAAGUUCCAGAGAGUUAUGUUGUAACAUCAGCUUUUGGAGGCACAGUGUCACUGAGUGUUUUCAUCCUCGUGGCAGUUCUUUCCAUCUCUGAGUUUCUUGUGUACCAAGACACAUGGAUGAAAUAUGAGUAUGAAGUAGAUGCAGAUUUUUCCAGUAAAUUGAAAAUAAAAAUUGACAUUACAGUUGCAAUGAAGUGUGAAAGGGUGGGUGCAGAUGUGCUAGAUAUUUCUGGGGCUGUGGUUGCGUCAAAGGAACUCAAAUAUGAACCUGUUAACUUUGAAUCCACUCCACAGCAAAAAGUGUGGUAUCAGAUUUUACAGCAGAUUCAAAGCAGACUGAGGGAAGAACAUUCUCUUCAAGAUGUACUCUUUAAAUCAGCACUGAAGGGACGCUUUUCUGAGCCAAUUCCAUGGAAUGAUUCUACAUCUGUAUCACACAAUGCCUGCAGGAUACAUGGACAAAUCUAUGUCAGUAAAGUGGCAGGGAACUUUCAUAUCACACUAGGCAAACCAAUUAAUACUAUCAGAGGUCAUGCCCAUUUUGCUUCUUUAAUAAAAACAGAAGUUCAUAACUUCUCACAUCGGAUAGAUUGUUUGUCUUUUGGAAAUGACGUUCCGGGACACAUCAAUCCCCUUGAUGGCACAGAAAAAAUCACAUUAGAGCAAAAUCAGUUGUUUCAGUAUUUUGUCACAGUUGUUCCCACUAAACUGCACACAUCAGAUGUUUCAGUGGACAUGCAUCAGUUUUCUGUCACAGAAAGGGAGCGGGUCAUAAACUAUAAGAAGGGCAGCAGUCAUGGUGUAUCUGGGAUCUUUAUUAAGUAUAAACUGAGUCCACUAAUGGUGAGAGUGAGUGAGGAGCAUAUGCCUCUCUCUGUGUUCCUUGUCAGACUGUGCGGCAUCAUUGGAGGAAUCUUUGCAACCUCAGACUUUCUCCACAGGAUGAUUGGGUAUUUUGUUGACAUUAUCUGCUGUCGUUUUAAAAUGGGCACCAGUCAGUCCAAGGAGAUGUUAAAAUUCUAAACUUUGUAUAUUAUAAGGUCCUUCCACAUUCCUAGAACAGCUUGACAAGCGCAGAAUGGACCACAAACAAAUGUUAUCUGUAACAGACAUGCAAUAUACCUUUUAUUUAAUAAAAAAUAAGUUAAUAUUCUUUUGUGGUUAAUUACAAAAAAAGAAUUAUUUGAGACUUGUUUAGAUCAAAAUUAAAAUAAAAUGGAUGACUGUGUUUAAAAGGUUUCGUGCUAAAAAAAUUAUAUUUGUGUCUACAGAAUUCAGCAAAAAGUUAGGCCUACUGUAUAUAAACAAAUGUAUAUAAAUUUAGAAUGAUGACAGAAACAUUUAAAACAUGAUUAACUUUUAAUAAUCAUUAUACAUGCUUGGCCGUCCUCAGAACUAUAGCCUACUAUCAACAAAACAGAAAUAAAAGAAAUCCUAGAAGAGGGAGGAGUCCUUAAAGGAAUAUUUCACCCCAAAAUGAAAAUGUUCUCAUUAUUUACUCACCCUCUUGCCUUCCCAGAUGUGUAUGACUUUCUUUCUUUUGAAGAACACAAAUGAAGAUUUUUAGAAGAAUAUCUCAGCUCUUUAGGUCCAUACAAUGAAAAGGAAUGGUGACCAGACCUUUUAAGCUAUAAAAAGCACAUAAAGACAGCACAGAAAUAAUUCACACGACUCCUGUGGUUUCAUGCAUGACUUCUGAAGCGAUCCAAUCCAUUUCUGUGAGAACAAACCAAAAUGUAACUCCUUUUUCACUGUACAUCUGCCAGUGCAGUCUCUAGGCACGAUCAUGAUUUCAAGCUUGAUUACAUUUCCUAGUACAUGACACAUGCUCAGAGCGCUUGAUGGCUCCAGGAAGUGUAAUCGAGCUUAAAAUAAUGAUCACCAAGGAGACUGCAUAUUUCAAGAUUUAUAGUGAAAAACGAGUUACAAUUGGGUCUGUUCUCAUCCAAAAUUGAUUGUAUUGCAUUUGAAAACAGAUUAAACGACUGGAGUCUUAUGGAUUACAUUUAUGCUGCCUUUAUAUACUUUUUGAAGCUUCAAAGUUCUGGUCACCAUUUACCGGUACUUGCACUGUAUAGAGAGCUGAGAUAUUCUUCUAAAAAUCUUUCUUUGUGUUCUGCAGAAGAUAGAAAGUCAUAUACAUCUGGGAUGGAGUUAGGGUGAGUUGAUAAUGAGAGAAUUUUCAUUUUUGUGUGAACUAUUUCUUUAAGAUGGACAGCCACUUCCUGGCUGUUGAUUUAAUCAUGGUUUGGUUUGUCAGGUGAUAUUACUGAAACUACAUAGAUAUGACUCUUACCCUUUUACAAGUACAUUUCUCAGUUGUGUUAGGAUUAGAAACACAUCACUGGGUCAAAUAUACCUCUCAGUAGAUUAAACAUUAAUUGUGAUUAAUCUUAUUGUUUGUCAUUAAUAAGGCUAAUCUACCAUGAUUGAAUGUUGAAUUUUGCCUUUAAAUCCAG